UUCUAAUUUGCGACCCGGACCUAAAUAUGCGUUGCACAAGAAACAUGCAUGGCGUCCUUCAGCUCUAGGCGUUUUUAGCAAGACGCUUCUUCUGUUUAGGGUUCUUUGCCUGUUUAAACUUUAGUUAUUUUCAUUUAUAUGUAGAAAUAUUCUUUAAGAAUGACAACAGGAGCCGUUUGUCGAUUUUUCCAGCGACGUUUCGCGUCUGCUGCUGCAGCUCUUCGUCCUUCCCCUGCAGAGAUACGCAGCCACAGAAAUGCCCUGUUCUCCAGAGAACAGGCCAGGCAGAGAGCUCUGUACCCUCGCAUAGAGAAGAUCGAGGUAUCCAUGCAGGGCCCGGGGCUGGACGGCACGCUGCUCAUCAUGAACAAAGGGAUGUCCACGCCGCUCAGCUGCGCCAGACAUCUGACAGAGCAUCAUGUGAAUAAUUCAGCUCUGGCGCUGGUGGACGGGGACCUGUGGCCUCUCCACCAGCCCCUCACCCACUCCUGCUCCCUCACCCUGCUCACGUUCAAAGACAACGACCCGACUCUCGUCAACGAGGCAUACUGGCGUUCCUGCUCCGCCCUGCUUGGACAGGUUCUGGAGACGGCGUUUAAAGACGAUUACACGGUGGAGCUCCUCAGCACUGCAGAAGUACCUGUUACUUCAGGGGCUUUCUGCUGUGAUGUUGUCCUCGACCCCCAGCUGGACUCCUGGACACCCUCUGAGGAGUCGCUGCGUUCUCUUACCAAAGGCGCCCAUCAGCUGAUCCAUCAGGACCUGGCCUGGGAGCCAUUGGAGGUGGCGCCCUCUGUGGCUUUGGAGGUCUUCUCACACAGCAGGUGUAAACAGGAGGAAGUAGAACAAAGAGCAUCGCAAAGUCCCAAAGGCACGCUGAUGCUCUACAGAUGUGGUGAUCAUGUGCUGCUGGCGGGGGGCCCCCUGGUGGCCAGAACGGGUCAAUGCUCCCAGUAUGAGGUGACAGCUUUCCACAGCCUGGGGCAGGGGCGCUGGGGGCACCGUCGGAGAGCACAGGGCCUCUCUCUGCCUCUGCAGCUACAGGCUCAUCACACCGUUUGGAGAAAAUUGAGACAACGGGCUCAGAAACUGGUGGAUGUGCCUGGAUGUGAAGAACCAUCAUCCUCUUCCUCCGAGUCAACCCAGUAACGGUUUUACUCACUUUAGCUGGAUGUUCAAUAAAUGUUAAAGAUGUGCAACCAA